AUGCCUCCACCACCACCCCCUCCAUCAAUGGAAAAUGCCGCAUUGAUAGUUGCUGUAACGGCUGCAGUAACAUCGACAAUGGCCCAAAUGAGUAACAAUGGUUCUGGUGGGGGAGUGAAUAGUUCUACAAAUGGACAACGCCAAGGUCGUUCAUGGGAUUGUACAUACAAGGAUUUCAUGAAUAGCAAACCCAUUACUUUUAAUGGGACCGGAGGAAUAAUGGCUCUAUCACAGUGGAUAGAGAAAACUGAAGCAGUUCUUGAGAUUUGUUCUUGUCCGGAAGGGAACAAAGUGAAGUUCGCUGCCUGUACUUUCUCUGAGAGAUCUCUGACAUGGUGGAAUGGCCAUGUCAAGUCACUAACGCUAGUAAUGGCUUACUAUAUAGGCUGGGAGAAUCUUAAACAAGUACUACUGCAAGAGUAUUGCCCACGGGGCGAAUUACAAAAGCUCGAACAGGAACUUUGGGGCCUUACCAUGGUAGGCUCAGAUAUCACGACCUAUACCAAUAGGUUCAGUGAUUUGGCAAUCCUUUGCCUAGGAAUAGUUUCUCUUGAGAGCAAGAAGAUCGAAAGGUACAUCUGGGGACUGUCACCCCAUAUUCGAGGAAGUGUUAUAGCUUCCAAACCAAUCACCUUCGAUAGCGCCAAACAAUUGGCACAAGCUCUCGUAGACCAUGGGGUCUGCCAAAACUUCGCAACCACCGCACCGGAGCAACCCAGAGGAAGCAACAACAACAACGACAAUACUAACAACAACGACAAUACUAACAACAACAACAAGAAGAGGUUCUAG